AUGAGACUGGCUGUAUUGAGCUCCAAGCCCAGCUAUAACCUUGGUCUCUUCACCUCAGCAAGCUCAGAGUCUGUGCCCUCAACCCGACGCCACAGCCAUCAAGUCCCCAGCCUCUGCUGGGACCAACACACGGGCCACUUCUCAUAUGUGUCAGACUGCAACUGCUCCAGAGAAAUCAUCAACAAUGCCAGCUUCCUUGUGGAGGACCUCCUAAGAAUAAGCCAGCCUGUCAACUACCUACACCGCGCACUUUCCAGUAGGACGCCUUGCGAUCUCUUCUCUGUAAACCCGGGCUGUGUGGGCGCAUCUCCUCGUGCGUCAGAGCCAAGAGAGCGCGCUCUGCCCGCGCACCACUCCAGCCCAGUCUCCAGCCCCGGGUCUCCACACAGCGGCUGUCCCGAGGCUUCACACCUCAAGUUCGGUGUCAGCGCAAUCCUGGCUCCCUCCACACGCAACAGUUGUUCCUCUCCCUCGGUCCCCAGUCUACAGCCCAAAUCCUUCCCUCUGCACUUCUUUGAUGGGAGCCUUCAUCCAUUCAUCAGAGCAUCAUAUUUCACAGGUUCCUCCCCCAUAGUGCCUGUCCCAGGGACAUUCUCAUGGCCCCUGGCCCCAAGGGGGAAGCCCAGGAGAGGGAUGCUCCGGCGGGCUGUGUUCUCCGACCUGCAGAGGAAGUCCCUGGAGAGGACAUUCCAAAAACAGAAGUACAUCAGCAAACCUGACCGGAAGAAGCUGGCCAGCAAACUGGGCCUCAAAGACUCACAGGUGAAGAUCUGGUUCCAGAAUCGCAGAAUGAAGUGGAGAAAUUCAAAGGAGAGGGAACUCUUGUCCACGGGGGGCUGUCGGCAGCAGACCCUCCCCACAAAAACGAACCCUCACCCAGAUCUCACCGACGUGAGUCCAACGUACUGCCCCCCUGUGGACAGGCCUGGUACUGACACUCAGCAGAGACCACUAUCUGCGCAGGACAGCAAACAGACUGAGCUGUACGAGUCAGACUCAGAAGAAAUCAACGUGUCAUAA